GGCUGCCAGUAGCAGCUGACCGAUGGAAGCGUUCGGUUCGGUUCUUUCUAUACAGUGUUUUGGAGUCCUCGCAGUCGCGCUCAUGCGUGUCCACGUACGCUUGUGCGUUUCUCGGCGGUCAGCUGCAUUAAUGUCAGUCGUCGUGUGUCGGGAAUAAUACAAAAAACACGACAUCGUAGUGAACGAAGAUUCCGAGAAGCGCGCAUCAUUUCGUCGAUUGCGAAACGGUGAAAGGCGCGCGAGACGAACGAAGACGACGCCGCCGGCGACGUCGGCAACGGGUCACGGAGGGAAUUGCCACGGCCAACGGUACACCGGGUGACUACUGAAGCGUCGUCGAUCAUCCGCGGUGGAGCGUACUUCGAAGAUUAAACGGCCCCGUGGAAGCCCUGUACAACCGGCGGGGGAGCUCGAGGGUUGCGCCGCUUCUCGCGACGGGAUCACCGUUGUUUGCCGUUGUCUCCCGAUUACCAACUAUUCCAGGACCAAUCCAGGCCUGGUGGUCAAACUGGACGAAGUGCGAUACAAUGAGGUAGUAGAUUGCCCACGGAGCUUCUGGUGAGAGGCGGUUUCUGACGCGGCGGGCGAUAUGUUGUUGCCGAACCGCAGCGGCCGGAAAGGGCCCAUCGCUUGUCUGGUGGCCCUCCUCUUCGUCUUUGCUCUGUAUCAGCUGGGCAUUAUUUGCGGCACCAAGUACAUGCCCACGGCUGUGAUGGUCGGUAAGGAGAAAUACGUAGUCGGGCCAUUUGAUCGGAAGACGUAUACGUAUGACCGUUAUAUGCCGCUCAUUUUCAUCGGCGGUGUACCACGAUCGGGUACUACCCUGAUGCGUGCCAUGUUGGACGCGCACCCUGAUGUGAGGUGUGGACAGGAGACCAGAGUCAUCCCGCGGAUUCUCCAGAUGAAGAUGCACUGGUCAAAGUCCGAGAAGGAAAAUGUACGGCUCACAGAGGCGGGAAUCUCGAAGGAAGUGAUAGACAGCGCGAUAGCGGCGUUCUGUCUGGAAAUAAUAGCGCGCCAUGCCGAGCCUGCGCCGAGGUUGUGCAACAAGGACCCACUCACUUUGAAGAUGGGCUCAUACAUUCUGGAACUUUUUCCGAACGCCAAAUUUAUAUUCAUGGUGCGCGACGGACGCGCUACCGUGCACUCCAUCAUAUCCAGGAAGGUCACGAUAACGGGGUUCGAUUUAUCGUCCUACCGGCAGUCUCUCAUCAGGUGGAAUCACGCAAUUUCCGUAAUGUAUGGCCAGUGCAAGGAACUGGGACCGGAGAGGUGUCUGAUGGUCCCUUACGAGCAGCUGGUAUUGCAUCCGCGCCAAUGGAUGAAGAAGAUAUUAAAUUAUUUAGACGUGCCGUGGGACGAGUCCGUCAUGCAUCACGAAGAAUUCAUUAAUAAACCCGGCGGCGUGCCUCUGAGCAAGGUUGAAAGGUCGUCGGAUCAAAUCAUAAAACCGGUAAAUCUGGCGGCGCUGACUAAGUGGGUCGGCAACAUUCCCGAGGACGUGGUGAAUGAGAUGGCGGAAAUAGCGCCGAUGCUCUCCGUGCUCGGCUACGAUCCUUACGCAAAUCCGCCCGUUUACGGCGCGCCGGAUAGUUUAGUUAGCGAUAACACCAGACGGGUGUUAGCCGGCGAAAAACUCUGGGAGGAGAAGGCGCGGGAGUAUCAUCUGUCGCACAAGCCGGCUGAAACCAGCAACGAGGACGCUGCUUCCAGCACGCCCUCGGUCGCGUGACCCCGCGCGAUUCUGCUAGGCGCGUACGACACGUAACCAACUGCUGUCUUAAGUCUCUAACCGACUUAGGAUUUCCGCUGUGGAGCUUUCCUCUCGUACUUUCGAAGUAAACUCGAUUGUAUACGACGACAAGUCGAGGAUUAAUCAUCCUCGUUGUGUGCUCUCAAUCUUCUACGUUAUUGCAUCCCAAUCUACGUGGACAAUCGACUAAUCAUUGUUCUCCUCGCAACGUUUACUUAUUCACGUCAGGUUUGCGUUUUACGAAAUCGGAAGACUUGUCACACUAGGCCGUGAUUAGGAAAUACAAAGUAUCCCGCGAGGUAAGUGUGAUCAAACUUUAAUAUAAUACUGCAGAAGUUGUUAAACAACUUGUUUAACAGUCCACGCAGCAUCAACAAGAAAAGGAAGAAAAGUUGGCAACAAUGCCAUUAAUGUUUGUUCUAAGACCAGAUUUCUAAGGCGCUCCUGUAAAAUUCUGCCAAACGAAAACUGUUUAUAAUUUUGAAGGAAAACAUUCUAGAAUAUAUAAUCGUGUAACCUUUCGUACUUAUAAGCUCUCAAAGUUUGGUCACAUAUUUCUAGGAUAUCUUGUAUAUAUUAUCAACGACUAUAUAAUUAAUUUUUAAUAAUGAUAUUUUUAAUAGUAAAAUUAUAAUUAGCUAUUUGAAAGAUUUGGUGCAAGAAUGAAGAAGGUUUAUAGUCAAGGUUCGUUUUAGAUAAAAUUUAUUUUAAGUGUUAUUUAUAUCUAGAGUGGACCUCAUGAAAAAUUAUCGCAGACAUUCUUGCACUAAAUUUUUUAGUUUUACUUCAAUUUACGCGCUAUUUACAGAUCUAUUAUGUGUGUGUGUGUGUGUGACGCGUUACUUAUCACAGUAUAA